GCUACAUUCGGUGGGAAGCAGCCUUAAACGCUGGAUUGUGUGCGAUUGGUAGAGUUUAAUAGUGAAAGUGAAAAGAAAAAUCAGAAAAAAUGCGUACCAAAAGUAUUCUGUACUACUUCGCCAUUGGACUAUUGAUCAUGGGAAUGUUCAUGGAAGAAGUUGAAGCAAGGCGUAAAAUUCUCAGAGGACGUAAAACAAUAACCAGACGUUACUAUAGAGGCACCGCAAUUCCAGCUUGGUCAAUAGUUUUGAUUACUGGUAUUGGAAUGCUGAUUAUCGGUGCUGGCUUUUACGGUCUGCUAAAAAAGCUGGUAGUGGACAGCGUGGAUACGGACAGUUCUUACCAACCUGCAUUGCAACAAGAAAUUUAAUU